AUCUAUGAGGCAGACGGGUGGAAGGCGAGUCUUUAUAUGUUGAUAUUUACCGACUUCAAGUUCACAUUAUGAAGAGAUGUCAAUAUUUGAAAGCAUAACCACAAAUACUGUUAGGGUUUUCUAGAAUAAUCUUGAAAACUCCCCUAUGCUAGCUACUAUUUUUUCUGAUGCACUGCAGAAAGUUGGGCUGUUUUCUUCAGUCUGCCACAAAGUAUCUGCAGUGUGCCCAAAAUUAAUGUUAGCUGGCUAUAGUAUCAGAAAAGUUUGUAAGUGUUUUGAAUGGUACAUUUAAUAUUGAUGAAACGGAUUAAUUAUCCCUUUUGUAAGUUGGGUCAGAAUUUACUAGAAAAUUUAAUGGACUGAAAUGUUUUACUUAUGUCAUCCUAGAUUAAAAAAUCAUGUUUAUUACCGUGUUCUAUGCAUAUUAAUCACGCAUAUUACUAUAAUGUCGAAUUCUCGCUGAUUCUGAACUGACUCUAACAUUCUAUAAUGAAUAAAUUCUGAAGUUGUUCUGGAAUGGUUUGAUUAUGCGCACAGACUAGAACUCAGUGCUGGUUUUCAACAUGACUGGCACUUAUUCUGCGCUUUGUGUUUUUUCUAGGCAUUCUGAGAAGUAUCUCAGAACCUACUGGUUUUGUUAAUCAGCGUUAUUUCAGCCCUUUAGCCUAGAUUCAGCACUGACUGGUAUUACAUCAGAACAAAAAGACUUAAUUCAGUACAUAGUAGCAAAUCUUUACUUCACUUCAGGACUAAAGACAUUACUUCAGCUGCAAAUCCUAGUUUUAAGGUUUCGUCGCACUAAUGAAGCAUCCUGUACUAUUUUUAAGAACUACCAGUUCUAUUUCAGUACAUAGUGAGUUCAUUUUGGGUAGAUAAAAUAUUCAUAUGCCAUAAAAGGCGUUAUCGGCGCACAGUUUAGAAUUAUUGUACGCUUGGGUAAUAUUAGAACUCUCACCGAUGGCUCGAUAGAAUUUUCAUGAGACUGUAAUUGUACUAUGACUACUCUGAUGUGUCUAGGUGGGGUCCCACCCUCCGUACUUCAUACCUAGAGGAUGAAAUGUCUACGGACAUAUUCCCACAUCAGUUGUGACAGUUCGCAUUAAUAAAAUGUACUAGAUUUAAUCGCCCUCUUAAAGUACAGUCAUACCUAGUUUAGUGACUAGUCGUCUCAUUCCUUAAAGUGUAUGCUAUCAAGCUGCAGGUGAAUAUAUUGUCUGUGUUGAAAUCGCAAUGAUUUCAUGGAUAUAAAGUCACACUAUGCACUACUGGAAAUGUAAUUGUGUGCAGUUGAUUCUUAUUGCAGUGCUGUAAUUGUUUCAUUCAAUAACUUUCAAAUUUGAUGGGUUUUGUCAUCUGUACUUGGGGCUAGUUGGCGAUGAUCUUUUGCUGCUGGUGCAGUGAACUCACCAAAUGCCCAUUUGGGAAUCUUACGUGAGACGGUAAAGCGUGCUUUAUUGCAUUUGCUUUCACUUUUGCUGUACGUAAUAACGAACAAUGCCUAUAAUUAGAGCUUUUACCGUACUUGUUUUCAUCAUCCACCGCCACCGGAGGUGAUCACGGAGAAGUAAUCAGUUUUCGUUAUUACGGUUGUUGAAGUUAUUGUACCAAUCGUACCGAAUAAAGCAAUGAUUAUAUCCUGACUUCAGCUUUUGAAUGACCAUGUGUCUUCUGUCUCUAUAGCAGGAUAUGUAUCGCGGUGAAUUUCCAAUAUGUUGGAGUAGAUAUUUAGUUCUUCCCUGCCUGUAUACAGCUUGAUGUUUCCAUCUUCAGUCUUGAUGUAAAGAGAAUGUAAAUGCCAUAUUCUGCAGGGACAUUGAAUGAAUUCCUUUUGUGUAGAUAAAUAUAAUUCGCAUGUUACCGCAAAGACUGAAGACUGAUUCCAAGUUUAGCUGUUUAUUCGGUAAUCUGCCUUUAAUCAAAUGAAAGUGAAGUUGUUAUUACGCAAGUCAUUUCGUCUUGUUGUUAUCUUCUACAGAUGGUUCCACCAUAACUUAACUGGAUUAGAAGCUGAAAAACUGUUAACCCUAAAAGGUGUUAGUGGUAGCUUUCUUGCUCGUCCUAGUCAUAGCACGCCGGGAAGCUUCACACUUUCAGUUCGUCGAGGUGAUGAAGUUACACACAUCCGUAUACAGAACACAGAAGAAUUCCUAGACUUAUAUGGUGGAGAAAAGUUUGCCACAUUGUCGGAGUUAGUUACAUACUAUAUGGAGAAUGAGGGUCAACUCAGAGAGAAAAAUGGUGAUAUUAUUGAACUCAAGUAUCCACUCAUUUCUGAGGACCCUACUACAGAACGUUGGUUUCACGGCAAAAUUACAGGGAAAGAAGCUGAGAAGAUGCUUCUAGAACGAGGGAAGCCAGAUUGCUUUUUGGUUCGUGAAUCUGUUCACAGACCAGGUUCUUAUGUCCUGUCAGUUUUGACAGGAGAACAAGUGGCACAUAUUAUGAUACAUGGGAAACCAAAUGGAAUGUAUGAUGUUGGUGGAGGACAUCAGUUUUCCUCUUUAAAGGAGUUAAUCGACUUUUACACAAACACACCUAUGGUCGAGAAAAAUGGAGGAUUAGUUUCACUGAAACAGCCUUUCAAUGCUACUCGAUUUAACGUUUCCACCAUUGAUCAGCGCAUGCGUCAGUUAGAACAAGAAAAUGGUCAUGGUUCAGGUUUGGCCGGAUUUUUGGAGGAAUUUGAAGAGUUGCAUCAGGAGGCUCAUUUAAAAAAUAAUCCACGCGUCGAAGGAUACCAGUCUUAUAACCGUGACAAGAAUCGUUAUAAACAUAUUCUUCCAUUUGAUUGGUCUCAAGUCAAACUCCUUGAUGGUGAUCCGAAUGAACCAGGUUCUGAUUACAUCAAUGCGAAUUAUAUUUCUUGGCCUGUUCACCUAACCGAAUCUCUGUCAAAUGGGAACUGUCCUUUCGGCGGUAGUUUGAAUAUAAAGUAUCAGUCGAACUCUCCAGUUUUUGAUUUAAAUAACAACAUGCAUUGUACUACUGCAGUCACUAGUUCGUCUGUUCCUCAUCCGAGCUCGAAUAAUUGUGCUGCUUUCUUCUUCAACGGAAAGCCACGUUACAUAGCCACGCAAGGAGCCGUUGCUAAUUCACAGGAUGCGUUUUGGCGUAUGAUAUGGCAAGAAAAAAGCUCUGUCAUAGUUAUGAUUACAAAGAUAAUGGAGCGUGGCAGAAAUAAAUGCAUCCGUUAUUGGCCAACUGCAGAAGAAGGUACACGGGAAUUUCCAUGUUACGGAGGUACAAUUCGUGUUCGACAUCUGUCUGAAAGAAAUUCCGUUAAUUACACACUACGAGAACUUUAUCUAACCAGAGAGUCUACUACAACGAAUAAAAAGUCAGAGAACACUGUUAAUCAGACUAAUGCUUCUGCUGUUGGUAAACCUACUGGUCCUAGUGCUGUAUGUGACACUUCAUCAUGUGACCAGAAUAGUUGUGAGUCGGACAGUACAAAAAUGCAUCAGUUGGACAGCACCACAGCCACAAAUGUAAAUUCUGAUUUUGCUUCUAAUCAAGUCAAUACAGAAGAUGGAUUCACAGUUUAUCACUAUCAUUUCACUGUGUGGCCUGAUCAUGGGACUCCAAGCGAUCCUUCCUGUGUGUUAGAUUUUAUGCACGAUAUAUCUGCUCGACAGGACAGUAUUCCUGGCUCUGGACCAAUUAUUGUCCACUGUAGCGCUGGUAUUGGACGCACUGGAGCAUUCAUUGUAAUUGACAUGCUUAUUAAUUACAUAAAAACGAUGGGACUUAAUUGUGAUAUAGAUAUAUCUCGUACAAUACAAGCUGUUCGGGAACAACGUUCUGGAAUGGUUCAAACUGAAACACAAUACAGGUUUAUCUACAAAGCUGUUCAGCAGUAUGUGAACACCAUGUCCAAACGUAUACAAAUGGAUAAUGAUCUUCGUCGUACUGGAAGGGAUUACACGAAUAUUAAUCGUGCUGCAGAUGAUAUUGGUGUUAUUGGAACAGCAGCUGUUUCUCUUUUUCCAUCAAUUUGCUCGUCAUCUGGAACCAGUUCCGAACAGCAAUCCACAGCGCCGAAUUUGACUUCUUCCACAAAUGCGAACUCAUCAUCAGUUUCCACUUCCAAUAGACCAUGUAGUUGUCCUAUUCAUUCGUGUUCUCAGCGAAGACAAAUAUCAAAUCAAAAUAUACCUCAGAGUUCUAAUCACCCUUCAAACUGUUCUCAAACUGUUACUUCAUCUGCCACAUUGCCAUGUACACCUCCAGCUGUUUCUGUUUCGUCCCGUACCUCAGAAUCUAUAACAAGUGGCUUUUUCCAUCGCUUAGCUGGACCUAGUCGUUCCCGCACAAAGUUUUAAUACUUUAAAAUAUGAUCAUUGAUAAGUGAUGUGUAUAAAGAAAUACCGAUAGUUCUAAGAUGAUUAUUACUUUCACCUGUUCAAUGCACAAUAAUUUUAAAAUUCUCUUCAUUUCUCUGCUCUAUGUACAAAAUAUUAUGGAAAUACGAUAAGUUAGAAUUCAGCUUAAAAGUAAUUAGCAGUUGUAUUUAACUAAUUGUAUAUUACAUAAUAUCGUCUUAUUAUCUUUGUGUUGUCUGCCUCUUUCCUCUUCUCCUCCCACAGAAUUCAUUCAGUCUUCUUUCUUUACUGUAUGUUGUUAGCUAGUGUGUGUUACUUCUUUGUGAUUCAAGGAUUCAGGACAAAAAAAAUAAUAACCUCUAUUGUAAAUGAUUGUUUUUGUUUGUUUUGUAUAUCGAAGACUUAUAUCAAUUGCCAUUUCUCACCUUUUUCAUCUAGAGAUUUAUAUUUAUGUGAUUGUGCAGAGAUUGUCUGAAUUUCUACAUGUGAAUGAAUGAAUGAAUUAGCUGUUGAAAUUAGUGUACAGUUUUUUUUUUAUUAUAGAGAAUAUAGGAAAUAAUUUUUUCACAAUUGAUAUAUCUUUGUACAGAUAUACAUAUAGACAUAUGUAUUUAAAUGCUUCAAAUGAUUAUGCUUCAUUUUACUUUAUUUGUUACUUUCUAUCUUUUCCAAAAGUUAAGUGUGAUUAUAUUGCCUUUUAUUUUAUUUGGUAGUUUUGUGUUGUUGUUUCUUCUUUUUGUUUCUGCCUCGUAAAUUUUCGAUAUCACUUUAUAUAUAUUUACUUAUUUGCUUGACCGCCAGUGUAGCUUUCUCCUAUCUGUCGGUUACCAGAAAUGAUUUAAUUUAGACAAUAUUGAAUUGUUUAUUUUAUCUUGCUCUAACUUUAGCAUAUAUAUAGAGAGUAUAAAGCAAUGUGAUAAUUAAAUUGCUUAUAUUUCUUUCUUCUUUUUUUUGUAUCUUAUGAAUUAUUUCCACUAAUGUGAUUUUAUAAAACAGGAUAUCUUGUGUUCCUGUUGAAUAAUUUUAUCUUUUUUUCAAUAUAAAAA